CCUUGCUUCCAUCACGCUCCCCAGGGGCCCUGCCUGCAGAGGCUGCUCGGCUGGAGCCAGGGCUCGCCGGCCGCCUCUGCAGGAUGCGUUGGCCUUCAGGCAGCGAUCGCACUGCCGGUGACCUUGGCGGGGAUCUCACCCCCGCCUCUGGCUCAGCUCGCGCCGUGUCCGUUUGUUACAGCCCAGCUGCUGCACGCAGGAGACGUGUGGUCGCUCGGCCCCACGGGGCCUAAUCCUGCUGCGCCGGAACACUGAGCGCAGCCGCUGAUGGCAGGGGGACGAGUGAGCCGUGCCGGCUGUCCCCGUCCCCGUUCCCAUCCCGCGGCUGGGUGCACCGGGGCGGGCGUGAUGCUCACCGCCGGCACAGCAGCGCUUGUGCCCCGUGGCACCUCUGCCUGAUGCUGUGCCCUUGCUGUCUCCGUCCCAGAUGCACCGACUCCAGCCCAAACCACCGCAGGGAAGAGCCGAGGGGCCGGCGGCCGCGUGAGCAAGCCGGCACGGUGCCGUGCCUCCGGUGGAGCCGUUCCUCCGCGACCAUGUGGCUGCUCCUGCAGAGUGUCCUCCUCCUGGCCUCCUGCCUCCGCUCGGCCGCCUUCCCCAAGGGCUGCUACCCCUCGGAGGAGGAGGGGCUGAAGACCUUCCGCUGCAGCAACGCUCGGCUGACCGAGGUCCCCAGAGACAUCCCCAACGACACCAACAAGCUCUACCUGGACUCCAACCGAAUCCCCUUCCUGCCCCGCGACGCCUUUCGGGACCUGCCGCUGCUGCUGGAGCUGGACCUGUCCCACAACGCCAUCGCCGGCGUCGAGAGCGGGGCUUUCCGCGGCCUGGGCGACCACCUGCACUCCCUGGACUUGUCUUCCAACAGGCUGGUGUCGGUCAGCAAGGACGCCUUCAGCAACCUGAAGGCCAAGGUCAACCUCUCCAACAACCCUUGGCUGUGUGACUGCCGGCUGCAGGAGCUGAUCCGCACGGUGGAGCUGGCGGCCGGCUCCUCGGGCGGCAUCGUCUGCGACUCCUCCGUGCAGGAGGAGCACGUCGGCAAAGCCUUCCUGCAGGUGAUCGCGGACACGGACUUCUGCAACAUGUACAAAAAGACCACGGACAUCGCCAUGCUGGUCACCAUGUUCGGCUGGUUCGCCAUGGUGAUCUCCUACCUGGUCUACUACGUGCGGCAGAACCAGGAGGACGCCCGGCGGCACCUCGAGUAUCUCAAGUCCUUGCCCAGCAAGCAGCGGCGCUCGGAGGAGUCGUCCACCAUCAGCACCGUGGUGUGAGGGACCCGCGGGGCCCGGGGCCGGCCGGGGCUGUUCCCGGCUGCUGUCACCGCGCAGAAAUCGCCGCGCUUUGUUUUGUUCUGGGGGAAUCGGUGUCUGGCUGGGGCAGCCGUGGCCGCCCGCAGCAACGCGAGCGCUGGGGUCGGGCACGGU